AUGAGUGAAUCAAUAGCUCGAACAUCAGAUGAAACCGAAUUGAACAUGCUUAUUGCUACUAUGGGUACAUUAAUUCGAUCAUUCUAUAAACUCGUGGCACUAACAGCAACUUGCACUGACUCAUCACUACUUCGAGCUCGUAUACAUAACAUCCUUUUCCCUGAUUUUGUUGGCUCUGAUUUUCCUGGGAGAGACGUUUUCAGUGAUCUGGAAAGGUAAGAACAUCUCUUUUGGAAUCUGACUGGUGAAAGUGUCAUGUCAUUUACGCAAAUUGUUGAAGACGUUGGACCGAUCAUGUCAAUGUAUACCAGACGAAGGCAGCCUCGAAUUCGAAACAGCGCAUUUAAGCUUGAUACUUAUAAUCGAAUAUUGAUGGUGCUUAUCUGGCUAAGAAUGUAUCCUGAAAUGUCAAUGCUGAGUGCUCUAUUCAUGGUGAGCCAUAGUACAAUGGAGAGAGAAAUUCGUAUUUCCGAGACUUGGCUAGAUAUGGCGCAUGAUUGGGAACACUUUCCGGGAGCAUUGGUGCUAUUGAUGGAAUAA